AUGAGAUCACAAAAGUCAUAUGGAAUUUCAUCAUCAUUGUUUUUACUGCUAUCUAUGUCUACAUAUAUGGAUUUAUGUUCAUCCAAGAGUAAAGAAGAAACAUUGCAUGUAGUAUACAUUCAAGUUUUACCUGUGUGCGUUCUUGUAAAUUUAGCAAUUGGUUUAUCUUUUUCACAAUGA